CAAUUUCCUUGAAACUCACCCAGAACCUCUACCCUCUGACACCAUGGUCAGCUCCUGUUGUGGCUCUGUCUGCUCUGACCAGAGCUGUGGCCGAAAUCUCUGCCAGGAGACCUGCUGCCAGCCCAGCUGCUGCCAGACCACCUGCUGCAGGACCACCUGCUGCCGCCCCAGCUGUGGUGUGUCCAGCUGCUGCAGCCCCGUCCGCUGCCAGCCCACCUGCCCUCGUCCCACCUGCUGCAUCUCUAGCUGCUGCCGCCCCUCCAGCUGUGUUUCCAGCUGCUGCAGGCCUACUUGCUGCAUCUCCAGCUGCUGCAGGCCCCAGUGCUGCCAGCCUGUGUGCUGCCAGCCCACCUGCCCUCGCCCCACCUGCUGCAUCUCUAGCUGCUGCCGCCCCUCUUGCUGUGGGUCCAGCUGUGGUUCCAGCUGCUGCAGGCCUACUUGCUGCAUCUCCAGCUGCUGCAGGCCCCAGUGCUGCCAGCCUGUGUGCUGCCAGCCCACCUGUCCUCGCCCCACCUGCUGCAUCUCUAGCUGCUGCCGCCCCUCUUGCUGUGGGUCCAGCUGUGGUUCCAGCUGCUGCAGGCCUACCUGCUGCAUCUCCAGCUGCUGCAGGCCCCGCUGUUGCCAGUCUGUGUGCUGCCAGCCCACCUGCUCCAGGCCUACUUGCUGCAUCUCCAGCUGCUGCAGGCCCCAGUGCUGCCAGGCUCUGUGCUGCCAGCCCACCUGCUCUCGCCCCACCUGCUGUAUCUCUAGCUGCUACCGCCCCUCCUGCUGUGGGUCCAGCUGUGGUUCCAGCUGCUGCAGGCCUACCUGCUGCAUCUCCAGCUGCUGCAGGCCCCGCUGUUGCCAGUCUGUGUGCUGCCAGCCCACCUGCUCCCGCACCUCCAGCUGCUGCCGCCCGAGCUGCUGCCUGCGCCCAGUGUGUGGCCGGGUCUCCUGCCACACCACUUGCUAUCGGCCCACCUGUGUCAUCUCCACCUGCCCCCGCCCCGUGUGCUGUCCCUCCUCUUGCUGCUGAGCCCGCUGUCUUGUGACCAUUGUCUCCACUUACUCUGUCCUACAUAUGUAGAUCCUUUUUCACGCUAACCCUUAGGACUCAUGGAGUCUAGCUGACAUCAUUCAGUUAGUUGAAUCUCAUGAUUCCAGUGGGUCCACCACUGUUCUGCUGAUUCUGUGAGCAUAUUCUGGCUCAUUUAUAAUUCUCUCUUGCUAUAUUUUCCUUUCUAUAUCAGCACCAAAUAAAAAUUAAUUUGCAAUCCAUCAGAUAAGAAAUUAUCUCAGUCCUCUAAAUUUUUUAUUCUUCCUGAUAUUUUGGUCAUGAUCUGCAGGUGGUCCACAAGGUGGCCAUUAUCUGCAGCUACUGAGUAGCACUGAGUUGACACCCUGAGAUUGGGGGUGGAGGGGCCCAAAUUACCCUGUAUCUUCUCCUUGAGUGAAUUUCUUUUGUUUUGUCACUUCUCUGCUUUCUAAUAAACUUCUCUGC